UUCCCUUUAAAGAGUCCCCCACGACGCUCAUGGCUCCUACUGCCUUUCUUUCCCCCACCACCACAUGCCUCUUCUUCUCCUCCUCCUCUCUAUAAAAGCCCCAACAAAACACCCAACUCCUCCCACAACUCUCCUUCCUCUCCCCUUCCUCCACAUUCUCCCAAAAAGCUCUCUACUUUCCCACUCUCCCACUCUUCCCAUCUUUAUUCUCCUUUUCCUCCGUAAAAAUGGCGCUUUUGAAGUCGAACAAGCUUCCACCAGCCACAACUCUAAGGCAAAUACUGAAGCGAUGCUCAAGCCUGGGGAGAAAAGAAACCAUCAGCGAUCUUCCCGUCGAUGUUCCAAAAGGGCACUUCGCCGUCUACGUCGGCGAGAAGCGCCGCCGCUUCAUCGUCCCCAUCUCGUUCUUAACACACCCUGAGUUUCAGAGCCUUCUUCAGCUCGCAGAGGAAGAGUUUGGUUUUGAUCAUGAGAUGGGUCUUACUAUUCCUUGUGAGGAAGUUGUUUUCUGCGCUCUAACUUCGGCGCUGCUGUGAGGAGGUGGAUUUUACCUGUUUGAGAAGUGAGAAGUGAGGAGAGGGAGAGCUCAGAGCAGAGUUAUCUUCUGUUUUAAGUUGUUUUUGUUCUGCUUUGGCCUGUUCCUCUUCUUCUUCUUCUUUACUUCUUUUUGUUUAUAUUAUUUGGGACUUUUAGUGAUUUGGAUUUGGCAGGAUUAAUGACCACCCAACUCAGGAUGAGUUUGAUUUGUGUUUGCGGUGGAGCCGCCCCGCCCUGUAAGAUGUAAAUGCUGAUAUAUAUAAUGAAGAUAGGGGUUAUUCCCCUGCUAUUUUAACUCUCUUUAUGAAA